ACAUGGCUCAAAUUCAAGCUCAGGGUCAUUCUAUAUAAUAGCUCGUACUGCUCUUCUGCACGUACAAAUACGCUGAUAAAGACGAUUUGGUUAGCUAAAAAAACAACAACUGGCUACUGGCUACUACUGGCUAACAGGCAUGUGGUAAUUCUCGUUCUGUCCUUCCGCCUGUUACCUCGUUCUUAUUCAUCCACCUAGUCAAUCUCGUGACAACACGCAUAGACGAAACUUUGCAUUGCUAGUUAUGGACCAUCCUUCGCUCCCGACUAGCGAUAUUUCUCUUCCGAUGGAUCGAAACGCAUUGCACACAAAUGAGCACAUUCUGUCUAAUUUGGAAGGUUCCACGGAUCGCAGGACUAAGAAACGCAUUCAGAACAGGGUUGCACAAAGAACAUAUCGCACCCGGAUAAAACAACGCCUUCAUGACUUGCAGCAACAGGUCCAGCAACUACAGCAGAAAGAAGGAGAGCAACAGCACAUCACUCGGCCGCGUGACGUAGAAACAGAUGACAGUGGGAAUGAAGGAGUUGCAUAUUUCACUUCCUUUAACCAGACGCCCGAUACUGCUCCAGUCCGUGGGCAUAGAAGAGAACCGUCCAGUCUGGGGGUAACGUCUCAGGAUGUCUCUGGCAUAAAAUCGAUGAGUUCGGAUGGAUGGACAGGUAUUCCUGGCCAAUCCCAUAUGUGGAACUCUGGGACAGGAUUUGUUUACAGCCCGAUGCCUGUGCGCACAAGACCACCUCUCGACCUAUCAUCGGAAACCACUGUUGGACCUAUAUCCCCGCCAAAGCUUCCACUGGAUUUCUCUAAUAACGUUAUCUACCAUUCUACAUGUCAUAGGGAGGCUCCGCCAGAUGCGUUAGCUUUCUCUCGUGGAGAUGAUAAUUCGCAACAUCAGAUCCACAACCGAAUUGAAAAUAUCUAUGAAAUGGGUGAACAUGGAAAGUUAUGUCACUCUCAGGAUUUUAACUCGCCGCAUUUAUCCCCUUGGAAUCAUAUCCUGGAGCCGAAAGGCACAUCCGACGCAUCAAUCGCGACGACAAGACACAUUCCAAAUACAACCGACGCAGGCUCUUAUCCAGAUGGAACCCCAAAUGCACCUCCCCAAUGGGCGGGGACUUGGUUGCAAAGCCACCAGAAAACUAUGGAAGAGCAGUUCGAAUAUAUUCUGAGCUGUGCACAGCGUGUUGGAUUUGACAGUUUCGACACAAUGGCAUUACACUACUAUACGCAAAGCUUUCACCCAGCCUCAGCCGUAUCCCUAGAACAGAGACUUAGCCGCAAUCACCGUCUGCCUGAGCUCCUCGAGGAGCUCAAGAAACAAUCAACAAAAUGGAGUCCGUUGCAACGCCGCGGAUACCAAGAUGCAACGCUGAAAGCAGCCGAAGAGAUGUGCGCACUAGAAUGCAGUGAGUUCCAAAGGGCCGAGAUAAACGACAACGUCAAAGAGGCUGCAAUGUGUGCCAUGUUACCCAACCUAUGGGCGCUUCUGACCGGGUUGGUGUCGAGCAACCCCCAGCUAUCACAGCAGCAAGUUUCCGAAGCAGUAUCUAUGAGUAUGAGAAUCCUGUGCGGGAUAGAUGGCCCACAGAAUCAGUCAGCCAGAUCUUCUAGACAAUCACCUACAUAAGAGGGGCACCUCGAAUGGGGUCUUGAUCACGCCUUGCCGAACUCCUGGCUUGGCUUGUAGACCACAUAAUUAGACGAUGCACAGCAUGAGUCACUAUAAUGUAACCACGCAUCUUAGCUACCAGAACUACCUACUGGUAAUACACGUCCUAUAAUAUCAAACAUCUUGCUAUCUCUCUCAUCACAAACAUAUUUGCUUAUUGAGCUAAGGGCUAUAAUCCCUAUCGAGGUACCUAGAUGGA